AUGGUUUCCAAGCUUCUACUUGCUGCCGUCCUCCUCGGCCACAAUGUUCUCGCGGCACCCGUCGCCAAUGGUGGAGUUGAAGUCGCUGUCCCCAAUGAGGCCCGUGGCCUCGAGCAGUUUGACGGCUUCACCAAGCGCGAUGAGGGCCCCGAUGUCACUCUCACCUUGAGAGAUGACGACGACGAGAAGAGAAGGGGCGGCGACGGGCGUGGCGGUCGAAACGGCCGCGACCGAGACGGCGGUCACCACGACGGUGGCAACCGGGGCGGCCGCGACAAACGGGAAGCAGACCGAGGCCAUGACCAUGACCACGACCACGACCGUGAUCACGACAGGGACCAUGAUAGAGACCAUGGCCGACACCACGAUCAUGAUCGCCGGGAUGAGCACCGCGACGGCGGAGACCGAGGCCGCGAUGGCGAUCGUCACCGAGAUGGCGACAGAGACCGGGAUGGCGGUCGGGGCCGAGAUGGUGGUCGUGGCCACAACAAGCGCGACGACCGCGGCGGAGACCGUCACAGAGACGGAGACCGCGAUCGCGACCAUGAUAGAGACCAUGACCGUGAUCAUGACAGGGACCACGACCGGGACCACGACCGCGACCAUGAUCGCGACCACCACGGAUAUGACCGCCGGGACGAGCACCGCGGAGAUGGCCACCGAGAUGGAGACCGCAAUCGUGAUCACGACCGGGAUCACGACCACGACCACGAUCGCGACCACCACGGAUAUGACCGUCGGGAUGAGCACCGUGAUGGUGAUCGCGAUGGGGGACGACGUGGCGGCAACGACAGAGACCACCGCGAUGGUGGACGCGACGGUGAACACCGCGACGGAGACCGGGGCCACGGCCGCGACUAA